AUGAGCAACCCAUCUCAGCUUUUCCUUUUGGCAGACCAUAUAAAGCUCUCUCUGCUAGAGCGGCAAAGAGCAAUCUCCCUUGACCUUGAACCCAACGCGCAGGAUGGAGAGAUAUCCCGUUCGCUAGAGUCGUUGCGAGAGGGUCUGGAAUCGGCUGAGAGGGAAGCCCAAAGGCUGGUCUCUGUUGGGGAUGCAUCAUCAAAUGACUUCAAAGAGCAAACUAGCUCCCUACGAGCCCAGUACGAGGACCUCUCACGUCAAUUCCAUGGCGACAAUGCACCCUCCCUAUCCACCCAACCAAACAAUGAAGAGCUGGCCGAAGACUUCAUUCGUGCAAGCAGCACUCCGUCUAUCCUCAAACAUCCUACACCGCAACACCCGGUCUCAAAAUCUGUUCGUUUCACGGACACUUUAACCGCCAGUGCUGAAGAGCAUGACCCCAACCGCGAUGCCCUGCUUAGACCCUACUCUGACUCCCCACAGCCUAGCUUCGACCCUUCAGAAGCUACGAACCAGGAAAUCCAUGAUUAUCACAAUCAGGUCAUGCAGGAACAAGAUGAGCACUUGGACCGUCUGGGCGAGUCAAUUGGGCGCCAGCACCAGCUGAGUAUCCAGAUUGGAGAUGAGCUGGAAGGCCAAGUUGCCCUUCUGGAUGACAUGGACGGCCACGUUGAAAGACACCAGGGCCGGCUGGAUGGGGCGCGAAGAAGCCUUGGGAGAUUUAGAGAAAAGUCAAAGGGGAGCAAGGGCAUGAUGACCAUCAUUGGACUGAUCAUCGUACUAGUGAUUUUGAUCGUGAUUCUCAAGUGA